AUGCAAAACCGAUCUCGAACAUCGCUUAUACAUCUUCCUCAAGAGCUCCAAGACGUUAUCGCCAACUUCAUCCUCGAUGAACACGGCAGAAGACACAGCCUCUUGAAUUUAUCUUACACUUGCAAACGACUUCGAGCUUCAUGUUUGCCCAUGAUCUACGAAAACAUUGAAGUUCACGGCUACCUUCCCAGAUCGUGUGUAAGAAUCUUUUCUCCAAAUACAAAGCACCUCGAACUGGCAAGAACUCUUUCAACUUCAUCUGCCUCCGUGGGUCAAUACAUCAAGACACUCGAGCUCAAAGGCGUGGAGCCAGAACAAGCCAUCGCAGAGCAGAUCCUGGAGCAUACAACUAGUCUCAAGACUUUUGUCUACCAAUUCGAAGUCCAAUGCAACUACGAUGGAUUAGGUACGUGGCCGAACGCGCAGACUCUUACGCGUGCACUGGCGAAUGUCGGGCAGACUCUGGAGCAUCUGGAAGUCACGCAUCAGUUCCAAAGCGAUUUAUUCGGCCUGAUGGGACCGUUCUUUCCACCUCGCGCCUUAAUUUUCAAAGAGCUGGUAGUGCUCAAGAGUCUCUCUGUAACUCUCAGCCUGCUGUUGGGCUGGCGUCCUGACAGUACUACCCGUCUUGCGGAAACGCUUCCGAGUGGUCUAGUCCGUCUGAGUAUCGAAUAUAGCCCGCAGAUGCCUGAAGAUUGUCAAUGGCAAGCUGAGGACGUAUUGCGAGUAUUGGAAGAAUUUGUUGCGGGAAAGAGAUGGAUGAAGACCACGCCGCAUCUAGAUUCGAUCACUUUGAACGACACAAUCUGGUCUCCAGACAAGGGCCAGCAGGAGAAGACCCGUAAAGCUGCAAAAGACAUGUUCGAGCAAAAUGGGCUGCAAUGUUUUGCGUCAAGAGUUGGCGUAUGGGACUGGGAAGAUGAUGAUGACUCAAAUAUUCGAAGUCGACACUAG